AUGUUAGUGCGUCCACCUGUAGAACUUUUACAAGAAAGAUACGUUGAGAAUAUUGAAAACAUUUCUUCCCCUUUUUGUCCUCAACCUUUAAGUAGCAACCUCAAUAAUUCCACGUUUUCAUGUGUGACCUCGCCGGUAAUUAGUGAUUAUGAGAAUGAAUUAUCUGAAUUAUCUGGAAAUAAUUCCAAUAAUCCUAGAAUUUUAGCAACUACACCUACCAGAGAUGAACCAUCUAACUUAACAACUACACCUAUUCCUACUCCUCCUGGAAGUGAAUGUGAAAAUGAAUCACCUAGAAAUAAAAAAGUUGCCAAUAAAGAUCUUACAGAAGCUAGACGCGUAAAGAAUUUAUUGAGACUUUUCCCACCACCUUGCACAGCAGAACAAUUUUAUAAUGGAAAUUCAGCAAAGACACCUGAUGGUAGAACAAAACGACCAUGUAAUAAAUUUAUAAUUUUUCGUAAAGUAGCUCAUGACCAAAAAAACAAUACAAGUAAAUUAGUAAAUUAUAAUGAACGAAUUUUCUCAAAAUAUAUUGGUAUUAUAUGGAAACAUUUGAUUACGGCUGAAGAAAAAGAUUAUUAUAAAGAUUUAGCAGCACGAGUUGCAGAAUUACACAAACGUCAAAAUCCUGGAUAUAAAUAUAAACCAAGAAGAGAUAAAGCGAUAUGGAAACAAUAUUCUCCAUCAAGUCAACGAAAGAAAAAAUCUCAAUUUAGUCAACAAAAUCAAUUUACAGAUACAAAUGGAAUAAAUGAGUUAAGUGGGAUAAAUGAGUUAAGUGGGAUAAAUGAAAUAAAUGAGAUAACUGAGAUAAAUGAAAUAAAUGAAAUCAAUAGGAUAAAUGAAAUCAAUAGGAUAAAUGAAAUCAAUAGGAUAAAUGAAAUAAAUGGGAUAGCUAAUAUAGCUAAUGAGGAAAUACC